CAACUUCCUGUCAUUUAUCACAAAUUAAUUACAUUCCCUUUGGUAAAUGUGUUGAACAUUUUCAAUAUCUUUAAUUAAUUUUAGUAUCAAAUAUACCUCUUUUAAAAAAUAAAGAGAUCAAACAUUUAAAAUUUAGUAAUGGAUAUUUUAAGUGAAAUAUAUUACAAGAGUUCAGUAGAAAAUGAGAAAAAUAUUCAAUUUUGGCAGAAUUAUUUGGGAAGCUUAAAGAAUUUAGAUUUCAGUGUAUUUAGUGAUAAGUUAAAAGUUCCAACUUUAGUCCCCAUUGGAAGCAGGAUAUUGUUCAGAGGUGAGCUGAUACAUACGAAUGAAGUCACUGCUGCACUGGGCGCUGACUACUUCGUAAAAUGUUCAAUCAAACAAGCUGAGACACUAAGACAACACAGAAUCAAAGAUGCCCAAGAAAAACUGGAUAUGUAUAUCAAAGAAAAGGAUUAUUUUGAAAAUCAAUUUUCUCUCACAAGAAAAACUCUACAUGACAAAGAGGGAGAGGAAAUCAUAGAAUAUUAUUCUGAAGAAGAUGAUAAAGUGUGGAGGGCAAAACAUAGAGAAAAUGUUAGAAAAUAUAUACAAAACAAAAAUAAAGAGCCAGAGACAGAAGGAGUGAACAUGACAGAUGAAGAGUUAUGGGAAAGGUUAGAAGAAUUAGAACUGCAAGAAGAAUUGGAAAAUGAACUGUCCAGUACAACAAUUCACACCCAACAAAUGCCAACAAACACUGAGGAAAGUGAUUUGCCCAAUCCAAAUCAAGAUUUUGAAGAUAACAGCAAAGAAAGAAAAGAAAAGGAAAAUAAAAAAAUAAUUCAAGAAUCAUUUAGUAGUAAAGGAAAAGAAAAGCCAAAAGAUAUUCAUUACAAAGAAACCCAGGUUCCAACAUCAAAAUUGGAUAUAUUACAGCAAGUAAUAAAUAAACAGAAUGAAUUGGAAGAAAAAUUACAUGAAUUAAAGAAUAGAGAAAGAUCUCAAACUAAGAAUGAAAAAGAUCUACUGUCAAGGCUGGAUGAACUUGAUCAACUUGAUGAGCUUGAAGAUGAAAUGGAUAGGUUAGAAGAUAUUAUUGAUAAUGAAGAUGUUGAAGAAGAAGAAGAAUUAGAUGACAAUGAGCAACAGGAGCAAGUACCAAAACUAAGUCGGCGGGUGUCUUUUGUUGAUGAAAGUGAUAGCAAUACUUUGGAGAUAACUUUCAAACACAGUGCCACAGAUCCUAUUUAUGAGCCUUAUGAUGCUAGUAAAGGCAUACAAAAACCAAGUGAUAUCUAUCAGGCACACUCCAACCUUUUUGCAACGGGUACCAUAUCAAUUCUCAAGAAGUCGAAAUAUGAAACGGCAGAUGAUAAAGAAGCUCCUAAAAAACUGUUAAAAGAAAAAGCUGUACCAGUUAAGUUUCAGGAAACUGAGAGUGAAGAAGUUAUUAUAGUUAAAGAUAUUGUAGAGAAAGUUGAACAUAAUACUAAGUUAUUAAGUCAAUCAAGGCCUACCAGUUUAUUUAAGAAAAAACGAAUGCAAAAUAAGACUUAAUAUUUUAAUAAAAUAUGAAAUUAUCAUCAAUAAAGUAUGCAAAAAGUU